CCGAUGCCAAUAACAUGCGAAAAAUUUGUUGGAUGAUCACCAAUCUAAUCUAACGGCGAGCACAGGCUGUGCUUAGUGCAGCUAACUUCGUUGAUUAAACGAGAACUGGCGUUUCUACGUAGCUACAGCCAUUGGCUAGCCGCAAAAAUGUCUCACACAAUAUUACUUGUUCAACCAGGAAAUAGACCUGAAACACGAACUUAUUCUGAUUAUGAAAGUGUUAAUGAAUGUAUGGAAGGAGUAUGCAAAAUUUACGAGGAACAUUUAAAGAGGAGAAAUCCUAAUACUCCAACUAUAACAUAUGAUAUUAGUCAGCUGUUUGACUUUAUAGAUCAACUCACAGAUUUGUCAUGCCUUGUUUAUCAAAAAUCUACAAAUACAUAUGCUCCAUACAACAAGGAUUGGAUUAAAGAGAAAAUAUAUGUUUUAUUACGCAGAGCAGCAGGACAUAGCGAAUAAUUAAUGGAUAGAGAUAGACAUAUACUUUUAUGUAUAAGACAAAUUAAUCUUAAGUCAAAGUCUAUAUUACCAUUUGUAAUAAUAAAUAUAUAACCUAAAAAGAAAUGAUAGUUACACUCCUGUUAUAGUCUAAUCCUUCCCUUAAU